CGUCACUAGAGGCGCCACGGAUGUCCUGUCAGGCAGGUCCCGGGGCUCCGGUUUUCGGGAUGGGCUUUGUAUUUUGAUUCGGGCGGUUUGGCCGCUAUGGAGGCUCCAGUCCGGUGGGACGCACUGUCGGAGCUGCUGGAGGAAUUCUCGAAGGCUCAGUACCGAGCAAAGGACGUGAACCCGAAGGUAGAGAGAAUCGAGAAGCGCUGCUUAGAACUGUUCAGCAAAGACUAUUGUUUCAGCAUCAUCCAGAAUGCCAGCGGGGAGCUGUGCAGCCAUUACCCCAGGCAGAUCGUGUUUCUGGAGUACGAGAGCACGGUGGAAGACAAAAACAUGUUUGAGAGCACCGUGCAAGUCAGCAAGUUGCAAGACCUGGUCAACCGGAGCAAGAUGGCGCGAUGCCGGGGCCGAUUUGUCUGUCCGGUCAUCCUUUAUAAGGGAAAGCAUAUCUGUAGAUCAGCAACACUGGCUGGAUGGGGGGAGCUAUACGGCCGGACUGGGUAUAACUACAUAUUCUCAGGAGGCUCAGAUGACGCUUGGGCAGACACAGAGGUUGCAGAAGAGGAUGCAGCGGCCAGAAAUGGAGACUCCCAACUCUUCGACAAAGUCAGAGGCCAUGACAUUAAGCUGUUACGAUACCUCUCUGUCCGAUACAUCUGUGACCUGAUGGUUGAAAACAAAAAAGUGAAGUUUGGAUUAAAUGUGACCUCAUCUGAGAAGGUGGAUAAAGCUCAGCGUUAUUCAGACUUCACUCUCCUAUCUGUUCCUUAUCCAGGCUGUGAGUUUUUCAAGGAUUACAAGGAUCGGGGCUAUUCUGCAGAAGGUCUUGUUUUCAACUGGAAACAGGAUUAUGUUGAUGCCCCAUUAUAUAUUCCAGCCUCCCUUACAAGGCACCUGAAUAUUGACUGGAGGGAGUACCAGAGUUGGGAUUUGGUGAAGCAGACGCAGAAUUACCUGAAGCUGCUAAUUCAUAUCCUCAAUGGGGAUGAGCACAGUGGGCUGCUAGUGCACUGUAUUUCUGGCUGGGAUCGCACACCACUCUUCAUAUCACUCUUGCGACUGUCGCUGUGGGCUGAUGGAAUGGUCCAUAGCAACCUGGAGCCUGCAGAGAUCCUGUACCUUACAGUAGCUUAUGAUUGGUUCCUGUUUGGGCACAUGUUAAAUGACCGGCUCAGCAAGGGUGAAGAGAUAUUCUUCUUCUGCUUCAAUUUUCUGAAGCACAUCACUUCAGAUGAGUUCUCCUCAUCAGGCAGGAAAGCAUGGAGGAAAAGUUCCCAGCCUCGUGAAUCUGCGAUAUCUCUGGAAGAUUUCUGUUUGCUGAAACGCAGGGACCGUGGCAGUGCCAACAGUCUCAGCAGUGACUUCUCCGUUAUCACUGAAGAUUCCCCUGGCGCCUAUGGAAACUAUAACUGUGAACCUGUAGAGCUGAUGACUUUUGGAAACCAGGGCCAAGCUGUUUGGAAGAAGACCCGUGCCUCCUCUCCGCAGACGGUGUUUUGGAGCAGAGGUCAGCCUUCUGCCGAGGAUCGCCCAUUCCAGCCAGCUGUGACUGAAGCGAAGUCAUCCAGCUCCUCUUCUUCCAACCACUCGGACCAUUUCCUGAGACCUGGGAGCAGCCCCCUCGAGGUGCCACAGCGCAGAUCAGCGGACCAUUCCCUGCCCGGAUCUUCCAUCUCUACUGAUUAUGGCAGCUGGCAGAUGGUUUCAGAGGGUGAGAGUAUUCAUGACCAUGGGAUCCUGAGCGCCAGCACCUCUCUCCCCUUCAGCUUUCCGGAUGAGCACCCUAAGACUUACUUACUGCCAGCCCUCACUGAGAGGGAGUCUCGAUUAGAAGCCGUGCAAUCCACCUUCCUGGCUGCCUACAAUACCACUAUUGGCUUGAAGUCUAUAUCCCCAAGCCCUUCUGGAGCAAUCGGAGGCCUUCUGGAGCAGUUUGCACGAGGCGUAGGACUGAGAGGCGCCAGCACUAUCGUGUGAAAAACCCACUGGAUUACUGGGGAAUCUACAAGCCAUGCUGUAAGGCUCACGUUGCCCGGGCCGCAGAAGCCAUAACACUCAGUUUGAUGUUCUGUCUACCUGGAAAUUUCCAUGUUUAUCUGGGUUCUUAUAUUCUCAAAGGUGCUCUGACAUUGGGAAAUGGGCAGGGAAACAAAUACAGGGGUGCACACAUCACAAGUAAGGAAGGCAAUCGACAUAGGAACGUUCCUAAGGGCUGUAGCAAUAGCAUUCUGCACUGUAAAGCCAUCCAGGACAUGGCAUGACCUUCAUCAGCAACUGAUACAAAUAGAAAGGGAAAUGUUACUGUGCUUACACAUUGGCACAGCCAUUAGGGGACUUCCUUAGCUAUGAUAUGUACCAGGCUGAUGGGAUUAUGAAAGCGCCAUGUUAAUGUUCAAGCUCUUUCCAUCUCCAGCAAGCUCUGGAUAAUGACCUUCCACCAAGGACUGGCUCUCCAUCUGUAGUAGAACUGCAGCCCCUUCAGUGAGAUUGGCAGGGGAGAGCCAAUACUUGCAGCUCUACAACAGAUGGAGUGCUGGAACCUUCCUGUCUUCUUUAUGGAGGUUGGUGAAGACCUCAACCAUUUCUAAUACAAUGUUUUGCUUGUUGCCUCUUGUUUCCACCAACCCUGUGUGAUACCAAAGACCCAAUUGUCUUCUCCGGAAUGCAAUUGAUGCACCAAUACAGCUGCAUUUUGUAUCCUCCAUGUUCCUUCCCUUUAUGUCCAGAUGAUCUUCCCACCAGUUGCACAAUCUCUGUCCGAUCCGUACUGCUGAGAUCCAGCUUCUGUCCUGCUUGUUCUAUGUAAUAACUUGGAAAAGUCAAUCCUUUCUAUGGUGACAGCCAAUCAAACUACUAUUGGAACUGUUCACACUUACGAUACUACUGCAGUCACAACAACCUAAAUAUAUUCAUUUUAUAUUU